CAGCUGGACAUAACUGCCACUUUGGGCAAUACACGAUGCAUCUCACAACUACCGAUGCCGCUCUUCCAGACCCUCAACACGCGCUUCACACUCUUCGUAUUUGCUAGUGUCUACCUACGUAUGAUGUCAAUCAACCUGGUCUCCGCUCUCCACGUUGAGACCCAGCCUUUCGCGGCUCAACUUUGAUUGACUAGUAGCUUAUGUGUAUUUAACUUGAGGAAUUCCCGUGGAAAAUUUCGUCCAGCUUUCUACUCGCAUUGUAUCUAUAACAGCUACAUACUAUAGCUUCCAGCCUUUACAGCAACUCGCAUCUAGCCUCAAUACCAACAAACUUCAGACAACAGAAGAAAUUCUCACAAUCAACGCCAAAAUGCUCUCAAACGCUCUAUCGUUCGCGUUCCUCGCCGGUGCUGCCAUGGCAUCCCGCUGCAAGCCUUCGCCCACAGCCUCUUCAUACCCUGAAUACAGCACCACACCCAGCAACACGCCAAGCCCUUCGCCUACGAUCGGCCCCAAUGAGCCCUUUGGCCUUAUGUCUCUGCGCUCCGCUAGCCCUAUUCACUUCGGCCAGUUUCAGGCUGCUCUAAGCUCUCUCUUCCUCUACUUGCCUUCUCAGAACGCCACCUGCGACGACGGCGAGAAGCAUACCGAUCCAGACUACGCGACUUUCACUCUUUCAGAAGACGGUGGUCUCUACCUCUUUGCCAGGAGCGCUACUCCCCAGCAGCUUUUCGUUGACCGCUCCGGCAUGGGCCAGGGCAAGCUUGGUUACACGACUGGUGCUCAACCAGGCCCCCGCAACAGCGAGCGCACUACCUUCUCCAUUGAUGAGUACGGUGACCUAUCAUUCAACGGCGCUGGGUUCCUUGCGUGCCCCAACAGCAUUGACGGUGCCUGGAGCAUCUGGGUCGAUGCUGGUGUCAUUAACCCCGGCGGCAACUCCGACUGUUUGGGUCUCUCAGCCCGCGCUGUGAAGAUCGAGGAGGGAGCCAAUAGCUGCAGCUACACAUCGUAAAGUGCAAAGUCGAAAACGUUGGCAGACUG